CGCUCUGCGAUAGUGAAAACCAGAUGGAGGUAGUAAAACGCUGCCAAAUGCAGACUACAGCACGCGUCAUAGAUUCAGUCAUUACGGUAAGUGCUAUGGUCGGACAUCGGGCCGUUAUCCGAUUACAGGGAGUACUCUCGGUGCCGUUCCCUUUCAUCUAACGCGUUUACUCAACCCGACCAGGAAAUCUAACGCAAGAUGAACUCGGAAUCAGAUCCCGCUCCCACUUCCUCUGGAAGACUGUCACUGACACGGUCUACGACCAGAAUCCAGUUGGGCAUGAGCAUGGCAGCCUUAUCCUGUCCAGGUCGCCCGACACUGAAGGAUGCAGCGAAUCCGGACUCACAGGCCCUUUCUGGUGCUCUGAUACGAUGGAAUGAGGGUAUUAGCGACAAUGUUUCUUUGACGGAAUACUAUGAUCCUUGCGUGUUAUCCCUCAAUAUACCAGAUAAAUUUCAAGGUGUGGGACUCACUAUAAGAUUGUACCAACACCUCAGGAUGUUCCGAGUCGGUGUGAUAACAGGACUGAACGUUUCCUCAACGACAACAAUAAGAUUCGCAACUGCAGGCGAAGCCGCUACGGCUCUACGAGUAAUAUGUAAUCCUACAUUUUAUUCCAUAGUCGGCGCCGCAAUUACUGUAGGAUACAUGCCGAAGAAAACCGAUGAGCAGCUGAAAGCUCAAAUCCAGGAUUUGCAGUGUCUCCUUGAAGAAAGGGUUCUACAGCAGGAAGCGAUGACAAGGGAAUCCGAAAAGAAGAUCAAUGCUCUUCGUGAGGAACUCUCUGUUGCUCAUGCCCGUCAUCUCGAACAAUCGGAGUUGUACAAACUCCAACUGGAAGACGCGUCCAAAGCAUCCGCAAGUUUAUGCCAGAAACUUGAAGAAUCCCUGGCUGCCCAAGAAGAACAAUACGCUCAGAAGUCCAGUACGCUUCAAUGCAUUAUUGAUGACAUGAAGGAAGAACUGCAUGAUAUGGAUCUCAACCUCGAGAUGAGAAACAAGCUGGUUGAGGAGAAGGACCGCCAGCUGAUGAUGACAAAGGAAACAUAUCAGCAGGAGUGUGGCGAAUUGACGAGUGAGGUCAAGCGGCUAGAAGAAGCGCUUCGAGAGAAAGGUCUGCAGUUGGAAAUAUUGGAGUCGGUGCGAGAUUCAGAGGAGCAGAAGAAGAGGGAGGUGUUGGAGCGCAGCGAGUCGGAGAAAGCUACCAAGGACAGCUUGGUCAAGGUUCUUCAUGCUAGGAUCGACGAGCUCAAGGAGCGAAACAAGGUUCUAAGAGGAACAGUCAUGGAUUCAGACACACGUCAGCUGGAUUUGGAGGUCAAGCUUUCUGCAAGUAUGGCAGACAAAGCAUUGGUGGAGAAGCGGAUAAAAGGCUCGGAUUCCAAAGUUGCUGCGCUGGAAGAGAAGCUUGCUGUGGGUAUCAAUGAGAAGAAGCUGUCCGCAGAGGUAGCAGCGCUGAAGUCUGAUCUCGCGCAGAUGAGAACCAAGUCGGAGGGGAGGGACGAAGAGUUUCGACGGCUUCGCACAACAUUAGACACGCUACUCCAGGGUAUGUCGACGGCAGAUCGACACCGUCUACUUGGGAGGGAGAGCAAGGAUAGUCAUGAGGAUGGUUGGCCGAACAAGAAGGCCAUACAAAGAGCUCGAAACUGCAUGGACGAGUUUGAGGAAGCGCAAUUUUCUCGGAAGGGAAAGGCCCUGACGUUCAAGGAUAUUCCUUGGCCAGUGCUGAACGACCUAUCGACUUUCGGGCCGAGAGAUAUUACGAAGAAGCGGGUUGACAAGUUUUUCGCGGCUGUAGAAACAGAACUGGGAAGUAACGGGUACUGGGAGUUGUUAGAGAGGAUGUAUAAGGCCUUCAGGGAACAGAGGUGGGAGAAAAGAGGUCUGUUGGAAAGUGUUAGCGAUCAGAAAUUAAGCGAUGAACUGGAGAGCGCCAGAGAGAUCGUUUUGAAAGUGGUCAGGCCUUUAUGGAGAGGCUGAUAUAUCACUUAAAGAAUUUGUACGACUGUAGUACCAUUGUACACAUUAAAUCCCUGCUGAUAAUGUCAUUAGGGCGGAGUUCACAUGAAGA